AUGCUCCUUUACAACUUCUUCGCUGGGCUUGCGGUGGCCGCUUCGACGGCGAAUGCGUAUUCGUACGUCACGGUAGCGUCUACUAGAACAACGGUCGCAGGGACACCAACAGCAACAGCGACGCCCACGCCCACCUCCCUUUCACGCACAACCUCGGCCUGCGUCGGAUGGAGCUGUGGCGCAAGUACAAGCUGUCUUCCGGCCACAACCAAAGUCGUUUACUCCAUCUGCGACGAGAGAUGCCUCGGCAAGUCAACCACCACCUCGACGUUUACGACUCGGCCACCGCCUAUCACUGCCACGGUACCUUGCGGUGUCAAGUAUCUAAAAAGGGCACUGUAUGUGGAGGAUGAGCCAGAACUGGAAAAGCGAUGGACGUGA